GUUCAACAGAAAUCAGAAACAGUCUCAGUACUUUCGCGGUUCGUGCUGUGGGAAGAUCUCGUUUUGUGCUGUCGGAAGAUCUCGCGUCGUGCUAUUGGAAGAUCUCGUUCUUUUUCUCUGCUGCACAUGCUUGUGCGGUCCGCACCAAAUAUUACCGUGAUCCGUGGACAAUUGGACUGACCGAUCUUGCCUCUUUUUUUCACUGUUAUUGUACCUCUAUAAUUGUCACUCGGUACAUACCAACCAAACAAGAUCUCCUGCACGUAGCGAGAACGCCAGAAAUUUUGAAUAAACAUCUAGCUGUGAAAUCAGGCACGCGCGAGUCUUUUUGCAACAAAUCACAUGAAGAUUCUUCUUCACAGGAAGAAGAGAAGAAGAAAAAGAACAAUGCAUUAUCAUUCGAUAUCCAAUAACGACGUCAAUAAUAUGGCAGCAUUAGCCGACCUUGCGUUUUUCACGCAAUGUAUCAUUACAUUGACAUUCUUGUUGUUGAUUCCACAAUUCCACGGUGAUCCACGAAUGAUGUUAUUACCACAGCCAUACGAGCCGUUACACUUUCCUGUCUACAUAUGCGCAAAAGGUAUCAGCACAGAUGACAGAUCAUAUGAUGCGCGACACUCCUCAUCUCGCGACUCAUCGCUCGACGAAAAGAGCUCGAAGAGCUUUUUGAAAGAUUUCUCGAGGAUUACUAUGCUGAUAUCAGUACGAAGCGAACUCUUCGAGGCGCCAUUUCGUUCCCUGCGUCCACUAGUAUGUCCACUGAAAUCGCCCAUCGAAAUAUAAGUAGUCACUAUAAAUGCGUCGUGUAUAUAUAUAUAUAUAUAUAUCGCGGUGGAUCACUUCCCUCUAAGACGGUUUAGGUGUCAGCCAACGCCGUAGAAAUCUACCUAGUGAUGCAAAAGAAUUACUAAUGCACUAGCUACAACAAAAUAUAGAUGAAAAGCAACAGCUUCCCAGAUAACAUUUUUUGCUAAAGCAAAGUAGUGUAAUCUAUUUGCUGGCAAUUAUUGCUGUCAUGUUGCUAUAAUAAUGACAGAAAUUAACUUUUGCCACACUGUUGACAUAAUGCCAUAAUUAUAUAUUUUUCACCGCAACUGUUGCCCCAAAGGUGCUGUAAAGUUGCUGUUUUCGUGUUUCUUUGCUACCAAUAUUGAAACAAAUGAGGACUCACCUUGUUGCCAUUUUGUUUGCAACAUUUCUGAGCAAAUUCUUAGCAAAAUACUUGCAAAAUGUUAUGUGGAUUAUGAUGCAAACCGGCGCGUAACAAUCGUAGAGGGGGGGAUGCUUCUCGAAUGGUCAGACGCGUGGAUCGGCGAAAGGGCGGAUUUGAUGGUAAAGGUCGGCGACUUCCUGACUCUUCGACGAGUCAUGGAACGAACCGUGAAAUCGAUCACACGCAUACGCACACACACUCACCCUCUGGUUUCUUAUUGUUCUUCAUCCUUACCCUUGGGCCUGAUCCUGUGGUGAGCAUUUCAUUUCUACUCUUCGUUUUCCAUUUGGUUGGUCUGUUCUUUGGUUGGUCUUCUAUCCUCUCCUUGUUUUGCUUCCUGGGCGCCUGGCGUGCCGGGCGGGGCAGCGAGGAUCCUAUGUCUGUGCCGGAAAGCUGUCCGGACCCCUUCGCUUCUCUUAUCAAUCGUAACUUAGAAAUCAUUUGAUCUUAUGGCAGAAAUGUUUUCUUAUUUAAUAUACGUGGAAGACCCUUACCCACUCAUCAUGGUCGUAGUAAUAUUCCUAAAAGACUAGACAGUGUUAUAAGGAAAGGAAAAGAUAAGCUAAAUGAUUUAAGAUGUACGAAAUUUGUUUAUAAAAUAUAUUACUCUCAUUGUGUUAUAUGUACAUAGGAUUGGCCGACAUUUGCAUACGAGAAUUAAUGAGCAUAAUAUACGGUCUAAUAUACAUAGAAAUGACCACUCGGCAAACAUCAAACUGUUAGCAAACAUCAAUUAAAUAAUUCCAGACAUUCGCGCGGUCCGCAUCAAAUCAACGAGAUCCGCGAACGAUUCUCUUGCCAUGACAUACAAUCAUAACACAUGACACUUGACACACACCAGUAGUUUCCUGGCGACAUAUGCAAGCGUAAGGAGCUUGCUGUUAUUAAUUAAUGGAUUGCGGCGUUUCUCCAGGUACUGCAUAAACCGUUGUUUCUCCUCCUGGAUGUUCUGUAUUUGAUGUCGCGGAGCGCUCGAGUACGCAGCAGAUUCGACGCUGCGUCCACAGGUGCCAAUGUCAGUCCUGCAAACAGACAGAACAUUAUGAUUAAUUUAUAUUUUCUUAUUUCUCAUCGGCGUUUAUAAUCUAUUAAAUUCUUAUUUCUCAUCGGCGUUAAUAUAAAUUAACGUAAAACGAUUAACCGAGGAUGUCCGAGGCUUCUCUUAUCAAUCGUGUGACUUAGCAAGACUUAUGAGAUCAUUUGAUUUCAUGGCAGAAAUGUUUUCUUAUUUAAUAUACAGGGAAGACACUUACCCACUCAUCAUGGUAUUCAUAUCUGAAGCAUCGCGAAGAGAAGUGAUAUCGCGGCGACUGCCGCGAUGGUGAAGCGAGGUGCUGAGCGUUUCAAUCUCGGACGAUCCUCUGCGCUCUUCCCUGCUCCGUUGCCCUAAAAAAGCAAACAAAUAUUUUACUUUUUAAUUUUUUACUUUUAUCCUGUAUGACCUAUGAGAGAAUAAAUAUUGGAUUGUAACAAAA